AUGAGUGGACUCGGGCCGCCGGGUGUUUGGGCCGCACAGAAGCGUCUGGAAUCUUGGGCUAGGGCCGCCAGAGAACGCACGUCGAGUGCCAGCAGCGGACAGAGUCAUAACUCCACCGACAGCUUUGGUGAUGACAAAUCCCAUGGAAGCCCUAGUGAAAUGCUGAUCCCGAAGGAGCAAUGUCGGAUCCAGCCGCUGAGCGCUGAGACGCGCGCCGCUGGCUCGCUGCCUCAUGCUCGGCUCGCCAGGACACCAUCCAUAUCUUCGCAAAGCAGCUUGGACAGUGGCACCUCGAGAGCUACCAGUCACCGAGGAUCGUCCCCAGCAAUACGUACAUUUGCUCCCGACGGCCGAACCCUCGAAGCUGGUGGUACAGGUGUGCCUCGAUCUCCUUCACCCCUCCGAGCGGCUUCCCUGGACGUCCGAGCGGCUCCCCUGGCGCAUGGGUCCCUGGCUUCCCUGGCCGACUCGCCGGCCUCUCCAAAUCCAAGACAUUUACCCCCACGAUGCCUGUCUCCUCUACUCAUGCCGCCAAGACGGAUAGACCGGAGCAAUUCUCUUGUAGAGAGUAGCAGUGGUUUAGGUCCCCUCAGCCCUGGUGCUGGGACCGCAAUUAGCGCUCUGGGGGCCCUGCAACCAGACCUGUACACGAAGCGUGAGGCCCCAUUGGUCAUCGAGCUGGAGGGCGCUGGGCCAUCGCUCGGAAGAAUCCACCUUCGCUUGAAAUACGACUUCGACAGAUCUGACUUGGAAGUGCAUCUUAUUGAAGCUCACGAUCUUGCUGGCUACGAGGCUGGAGGGUUCAACGACCCCUACGUGCGCGUGAGUCUGCUCCCCGAAGUGGAUACUCGUGUUCGCCAAACACCAGUCCAUAGAAACGAGGCAAACCCUUUCUUCGACCAGCACUUUAAGUUCCCUGUGUCUCAUGAUGAGCUCGGUGACAAGACUUUGCUGCUGCAGGUGUUUGAUUAUGACAGGUUCUCGCGCAACGAGGUUAUGGGCUCAGCAAAAGUCCCUCUUUCCCGUGUGGAAGUUGCCGGUGGUGCAGAAGUGUGGGCUGAACUGUCGCGCGAACGACGUCCGCCAGAGGAACUGCAAGAACUAUUGCUCUCUUUGUCUUACUUGCCCUCAGCAGAGCGACUGACCGUAGUGGUUUUGAAGGCCAGGAAUUUGCUGCCUCCUCAAGAAGGAAAGGAUGCUUUAGAUGUGUAUGUGAAAGUGUACUUGCUGGUGAACGGGAAACGCGUGAAGAAGAAGAAGACCAACAGAAAAGAAAUCAACAACCCAGUGUGGAAUGAAGCUUUGUCCUUCAGCCUGCCUUCUUCUAACCUGCAGGAGGCUUCCAUUGAGGUGUGCGUGGUCACCGGCGGUGGCAGCAAUCUGGUGGUAGGGUGGUGCUGCGUGGGCGCGGCCGAGCCGGCCGCCGAGGGGCGCCACUGGGCGCAGAUGGCGCACGAAACGCGCAAAGCCGUCGCCAUGUGGCACACGCUGAGAUAG